UUCCCUGGAAUGAACCUUAUCGAUUCAAACAGGACACUAAUUCAACCCAGGGAGCAGGAUACCGAGACACAGUAUCUAGGUCAGCUCUACAAGAUUUUCAGUAUACGCGGUACUCCUCGCCUUCACCUUCUACCAGCAGAUGUAGCUGGCUUUCUGGACUGGGAGACUGUCCCUCGGUUUCGCAGAGCCAACCUCCUCCGACGUUUCCCUAUGCUUGGUGUUUCUGGCAAUCGGCUCCUGGCGCGUUUGUUGAGCUACUCUCCAGUAGAAAGGCUGUCAGCUGCUGCCGCGAUUGGGCACGACUUUUUCGAGGAACUGCGCCCUCAAUCAGAUGCAGAAUAAUACCCAAUCAGUAAUCACAUAACCCGAUCAGAUCGAAUAAUACCCGAGUCUUUUAGUUUUGUUGUUGUUAUUCGGUCUCUUAAUUCUUCUGAGUCGGUCUUU